AUCUUUCUAAAGCCACCAUCGACUGGCGACGGUCCAUGAGACCCCUGACCCAGGAACUCACUAACCACAAGGUGCCAUAUAAAUUGAGCACUCCGCGAUGCCUGCUCACUUCCAGGGCUACGGGACCACUACAUGUCCGAGAUGCAUCAGAGAGAGCUGACAUCCUGCAACAACUUGGCCUAACCACUAAAGCCUCCAGCAGUCUACCAUUGGGCUUGCAACAGCAUCCACUGCCUGGGACCCUGAUAGGAUCACACUGUUUGUGCCAACAGCCUGGUGAAGAGACAUCUCAGCAACAUCAGCACCAUGACUUUUGCAGAUUCUGCUAUACACAGUACCUUUGUUUGCAUGUUUCACAAGUUAUUUUGUUACUUAGUUUAGUAAAAUAUGGUACUUGGUGUGUUCCACCUUCCACCCACGAAGUGCUCUUGGGCAAACUAUUUUUCCACCCCUCAUGCACACUAAAUCACCAACAGGUUGAAGACCUGAAACCGAUCAACUUCUAA